CGGCUUCCUGGGCGCCACCUUCGCAGCGGCGGCGGCGGCAGCGGAGGCAGUAGCUGCGGGUACCACUUGCCUCUGCACAGAUGAACAUUUGAAAGCGCCCCCAACACCAGCAAGCAUGGAGACUUCAUCAAUGCUUUCCUCACUAAAUGAUGAGUGCAGGUCUGACAACUAUGUCGAGCCGCACUACAAGGAGUGGUACCGUGUGGCAGUUGAUACUCUAAUUGAACAUGGGCUAGAAGCCUACCAAGAGUUCCUUGUCAAGGAGCGAGUCUCAGACUUCCUGGCUGAGGAAGAAAUUAAUUAUAUUUUGAAAAAUGUCCAGAAGAUUGCACAAAAUACAGAACAUGGCUCUGAUAGUUCCUGUGAUGACGGCUCGUCUUCAGGGACUUACUGGCCCAUGCAGUCGGACGUGGAGGCUCCAAAUCUUGAUUUGGGAUGGCCGUGUGUGAUGCCCGGACUCUUAGGGAGCACCCAUAUAGACCUCCUCUUUCAUCCACCCCGGGCACAUCUACUUACAAUAAAGGAAACUGUUCGGAAGAUGAUCAAAGACGCAAGAAAGGUGGUUGCUAUAGUGAUGGAUGUUUUUACUGAUGUGGAUAUUUUCAAAGAAAUAGUAGAGGCAUCCACUCGAGGAAUAUCCGUAUACAUUUUACUUGAUGAGUCCAAUUUUAAUCAUUUUCUAACAAUGACUGAAAAACAGGGUUGUCAAAUUCAGCGUCUCAGGAACAUUCGUGUACGGACAGUAAAAGGCCAAGAUUAUCUUUCAAAAACAGGAGCAAAAUUCCAUGGAAAAAUGGAACAGAAAUUUUUGUUAGUUGACUGCCAGAAAGUGAUGUAUGGUUCUUACAGUUACAUGUGGUCAUUUGAAAAAGCUCAUCUCAGCAUGGUUCAGAUAAUCACAGGACACCUUGUAGAGUUAUUUGAUGAAGAAUUUCGAACACUCUAUGCCAGGUCCAGUGUCCCAAGUUGUUUUGCUCAAGAAGAAUCAACGAGGGUGAAGCCGGGCAAAGCCUUAUGGGAGAAUGGCAUUUACCAGCGAUCCAUUUCUUCAUUAGCUUCUGUUUCCAGCCAGAGAAACCUUUUUGGCAGACAAGACCAAAUUCAUAAACUAGAUUCUAGUUACUUCAAAGGCAGAGGGAUAUAUCCCCUAAAUGAACAGGACAAACACGGCAUGAGAAACCAUGGCUACAAGCCUCAUUUUGUUCCAAACUUCAAUGGUCCGAGUGCAAUCCGUCACUUCCAACCCAGUCAGAUCAAUGAAAACUGGAAGAGGCAUAGUUAUGCUGGGGAACAAUCGGAAACAACCCCGUACCUGCUGCUCAACAGAGCUAUGAAUCGGACCAAUAAUGCCCCUGGACGCUGGAGAAGGCCUUCAGAUAGUCUCAGUGUGGCAUCCUCCUUACGGGGAGGACAGGGAAGCCAGCAAAACAUACCUGCUCAGAGUUUUGCUGAUAGGCUCGCCCAGAGAAAAACAACAAAUCUUGCAGAGAGGAAUUCAAAUGUACGCAGGUCAUUUAACGGGACAGAUAAUCAUAUCCGCUUUAUACAACAACGGAUGCCAACUCUGGAGAAUACCACGAAGUCUUUCCUGCGGAGCUGGAGAAUUGAAUCGUACUUAAACGAUAAUUCAGAAGCCCCACCUGAUUCAAAUGGCUCCACCCUGGGUGACAGAUUUGAAGGCUACGACAACCCUGAGACCGUGAAAGCCAAUGCGGUCUAUACUCAUUCAAGGCUCCGCUCCUCCUUUGUGUUUAAACCAACUUUACCGGAACAAAAAGAAGUCAAUAGCUGUACAACUGGCUCCUCAAAUUCCACCAUCAUCGGUUCUCAAGGAAGGGAUACACCCAAGGAGCUCCCAGAGAGCUCCACAAAUGCUCCUCCACCCCUGACAGAAAAGCCCUUGCCGGAAUCAAUCCCCAAGCUCCCAACACAGUCAGAGGAACCAAAAACGCACAGCUUGCGGGUUCCCGAAAAGCAACCGGAAGUCUUAAACCAAAGAACCAACGGCCGAGCGGAACUAAACAACUGUAUUUAUACAAAACUGUGCGUCAAUAAGCCAAUGGAGAACGCAAAAAAUCAGCCAAGCGACAAUCUGCUCAAAAGGCGGAGUUUCCCGUCCUUCGACCACUCAAAAGUCAACUUGGAUCACGGAAAUAGCAAGAAUUAUGUUUAUAGUACCCUUACCAGAAAUCGCAUUCGGCAACCAGAAAAACCCAAGGAGGAUGUGCUGAAGAGUUCUAAGAGCUUGCACAAUGUGACCCACAGCACGGAUGAAGACGACGACGAGGUUACUAAGAGAGACCCUCCAAGUGCCUCUGCCAAGUCUAUUUCCAUCGCUGCUUUGCUGGACGUGAAUAAGGAAGAACCCAACAAAGAACUCAAUUCUAAAAAGGAAGGCAAAGCCUCCCCGAGUUUUCUGAAAAAGGGGUCUCAGAAAUUAAGGUCCUUACUUAGUCUCACCCCAGAGAAGAGAGAGAACCUAGCUAAAAACAAGGCGCCGGCGUUUUACAGAAUGUGUAGUAGCUCCGACACUUUGGUUUCUGAGGGUGAAGAGAAUCAAAAGCCCAAAAAAUCCGAGCCCAAAGGUGACGCAUCUCCUAGAAGAAAGCGUUCCUCUUUGUCGAAUUCUCAAGGCAGCAUCCACAAGAGCAAGGAGGACAUAGCAGUUAGCACAUCUCCGGGAAUAAGUUCCCAAGUAGAGGAAACUAGAAUAGCCCCCUCUCCAAGGCCCGCUGAGAGGAGACUUUCAGAGAGAGCUGGAGACGCCUCUGCCCCAAGAUUUAAUACCGAACAGAUCCAAUACCGUGAUUCCAAGGAGAUCAACGCAGUCAUGACCCCUGCCAGACGGCCAACCUCUUCUCCGGUGCUAAAACCCAGUGAGCUUCUGAGAUCCCAUUCAACCAACCAGCGCGUUUACAGUCGAUUCGAGCCGUUUUGUAAGAUCGAGAGCUCGAUUCAGCCAGCGAGCAGCGUUACACAUGUCAACCGCCCGGAAGUCAAAUCCACAACCAUGGGCAGCUACGGCAGGUCCAGCCCGAUGCUGAAUUAUAAGACUGGUGCUUAUCAAUCCUACUCCCCAAAUGAGAACAAGUUCCGGGGAUUUAUGCAAAAGUUUGGGAACUUCAUACACAAAAACAAGUGAAAUACUUCCAUUUCAAAUUGUAAUUGAAAUAUACAGUGAAUGUGGCUGUACACAUUUGCCCAAAGAACACUCUGCACACUUUUUUAGACCAUGCCAAGAGUGUUCUGUAUGAGAACUGGAGAAAUACAUAACAGUAUACAGAAAAGUUAUUGUUUUGUGCUCAAACCAGUUGCACUUGGUUACUCCACAAAGCGCUAUCCCAGUCAACAUAUUAAAAAUUUUUUAAAUAGCAAUAGAUGGGAUUCAUU